UAUAAGUAUAAAAUAGGGGCCUUCAUCAUCUUAUUGGAUAAGAGGGAGGUCAUUAUUCUAACGAAUCCCAGAAUAGAUAAAGGGAACCAAUGGCAAAUACUUGGGGCAAGUGGGAUAAAGUGCCCCACCCUCCCUGAAAUCCACCCCUGUGCCAUUCCCACUAAUGUACUGGCAUCCAGACUGGUAUUAGGUACAAUAAACUCUAAAGGCCAUAAAGCUGUAGGAGGUGCCAGUCAGCGCACAAUGUUGGCUAAGGAUGCUGGGAGUUGUAGUCCUUUACGUCACUGGGAUUGGUUAGAAUAAUGACAGUGCCUCCCCCUUAUGCUACAAGAUUAUUACAGGGGGUUCUGCAGUGUCAGAAUGAGUGUCAGCUCCUCCUCCGAGCGUGUCAGAACCCAAUUGGCUGCUCCCUGCACACCCCGGGCCCCCAGGGACCCCUAGAGCCAGGUACAUAGGCACAGGUGUAAUUAUCAGCAGAUGGGCCGGUCCCUGGGGGGCAGUAAUCAGCUCCGAGAGAGGCAGGUAACAAUCUGCUCCCACAGAACCCGAGUCAGAACCAAGGAACGGACUCAGCGAGUGUCAGACCCAGAGACGACAGAGAGAGUUCUGCCAUUGGGGGACAGACUGACCCAGAGGGGAGAGAGCAGCGGAGCCCAAGUCUCAGGAAGAGCGUAAGUCUCCUUGGUGAUGAUGAUGAAGAUUGUGACUUCACUUCUGCUGCUGGGGGUCAUUCUCUAUGAGGCCGGGGGCGACUAUGUGCUGCCCAAGCCCAGCUACACCGAGGUGAAAGUGCCCCGCUUCCAGAAUGCCACCUUGCCCUGCGAGUUCUCCUUCAUCGAGGGCACGACCGACAUGAGCUUCAUCUGGCACCGCGAGGACAUCGUGGAGGAGAUCGAGGUGGAGGACGUCUACGCCUACAUGCAGCAGAAGUUUGAGUUCAAGGAGCCCCAGGUGGUCUACAGCUUCCACGACAACCACGAGGCACUGGAGGACCAGAGUUACGCCUACCAGGAGCGGGUCUCCGUGGAGAAGGAGGAGGUCGGAGAUGGAGUCCUGACUCUCUACCUGCACCGCGUGGACUAUCAGGAUGAGGGUCUCUAUACCUGCAGCGCCAUCGGCCCCCACGGCAAAGGGGAGAUUAAACUCAACCUCCUCAUACAAGAGGAGGAGGAGCCUCCCGUAGUGAUGGAUACAGAAGAUGACGCUGCGGUUGCGCGCUGCCAUUCUGCCGGUUGGUACAAGGUUCCCAUAGUAACCUGGUAUAACCGCAGGGAGGAGGAGAUAAGUGAGAAUGCCACCAUUAUGGUUCUGGAGGAGAAGGAGGACGGGAGUCACCGUAUUUCUUCGACUCUGAGCGGAGUGAAAAGCCACGAGAUCUAUCACUGCCACAUCCGAGACGCAAAGAAAGCUCGCCGGGCCCGGACGGUGCACAGAAAGCUCAGUAAGAUUUGGCCCCGGGGUCCUGCACUCAUCAACCUCACUGGCGACUUGUCAUAGCUUUAUAAAAAAGGGGCGCUGAGAGACCACGGCGAAUUCUAAAUUCCCAUUGGAAGUUCUGAGACCCUGGAGCCCAAAGGACAAAUAUAAUAAUAGUGUCUCCUCGAGCGAAUCACAGCCCUGCCCCACUGCGGGCCCUUCAGCCUUCUGAUUGGCCACUUACCUGCCCCUCAGCGCACUGGCCGGGAAUGAGUUAAUGUAAGGCGGAAAUGGCAGCGCUGUAUCAUUACUUAUAGUGGGUUCAACCCUGUUGCUUUUAUUCAUUGCCAAAAUAUCACUCUAUGUGGGACUCCUGAGCGAGGGGCGGAGCCUCUGAAAUGUAUGAUCUCUGGGCAACCAAUAAAAGCAAUGGGGGUUGUACCCUCUUAAGCGCC